AUGGGCAGAACAAACAUGUUGAUGCAUAUCCGGAGAAAUGCUAAGGAAGCGGAGAGUACUGCCGGGCUCUGCAAAUUGGUCUUAGGAAGGGAAGCUGGGUCGCAACACCGGGUUGAUCAAAAAACAAAGAGUAGUAGUAUAGGGAAGAAGGCAGCAGUGGAUUCAUCGUCGUCAUAUUCAUGCUGCUGGGUUCCGCACCCGAGGACUGGAAUUUACUUCCCUGUUGGCCAUGACUGGGUAAUGGAAGAUGUUCCUGAAGGCGCUGCCACGUUCUCUGAGACCUGUUUCUUCAGAAAUUAA